AUGAAUUCUCCCGAUCACGCUAAUUCCACUUCGUCUUCAAACCAUAUUUCAGAGGAGGAAGAAAAGGCACGACAACAAUGGCUCCGAUUCGUCAGACAGCGAUUCUACAGUAUCUCAGACGACAAGACAAAAUGUUCUGCCAGUGUUCACCCAGAAACGGAAGCAGUAAAACAGAAAAGGCAUCCACCAUGGUACAAUGCCCGAAUUCUCGAAGAAGAACGGCCGGACCUAGCUGGAGAAGACGGGCGAAUCAACUUGGAGCGAGAAGAGGCCGCGCUUAUGGACAUGUUCAUCAGAGGGAAGAGUGAUUUACAAAUAGGUGACCUUAUAAUCACUGAUGACAAUCUCGAUGAAUUGAAUCGUAAAUUUAACCGCUAUGAAGUCCAACUGAAGUACAACGAAGGACGCUACACUGCCCUUUAUUUGAUAUCACGACAAGUUUGCGUCGAUAAUGAGCCAAGUGAAAAGAACGCUCUCUUCGCUAUGAAAACAGGUAUUCGGCCAUACAGCGUGAACAUUACCGUAAGGAUGAAGCGUGAACUCCGAAUUCUGCAAGAGCUCAGGAGAAACAGAUGCCCGUACAGCCCCAUUGCUCUCGACAGUGGACGAGUAGCAGACUUACCUUUUAUAGUGAUGAAUCUCCUGGAUCGCAAUAUCGAAAAAGUUCGUGAACAAGUAGUUACGUUCAAAACAGCCACAGCUUUAUAUGUAGCUCAUGAAGCUUUAGCAGCUAUAUCGUUUCUCCACUGUAUGGGAUAUAUUCAUCGCGAUAUUAAACCAACGAAUCUAUGCAUCGGUACCGGCGACUUCAUGAGAAGAAUUUACCUGAUCGAUUACGGUGAUACAGUGAAGAAGGGCAAAAAGACCAGGUACGGUACACCCGAUGGCUACACCUUGCCAUAUUGGAGUCUAGACGCUCAUAAGCGUGAAGCUGCACGUCCGAAAGGGGAUAUCGAAUCGUGGUUCUACGUUUUAAUCGAUCUACUUGUUCUACAUGCAUUACCUUGGUCAAAAAUGUACGAUGAAAAGGCUGUUGAACAGGCGAAAGAGAGUUUCUGGGAAGGGAAACACCAAAUUCCUGAUCUAUCUUAUGUGAAAGCAAUCUUUGAACUUGUACAAAGACAAGGCAGUCCUGAUGAAUUUGAUUAUCAAAGAGUAGGACAAAUGUUACGAGAUGCAAUAGGUUCUGUUAGUAAAGGGCCAGUAGUGCUGGAAUGGGGGCCAAACUUGAGUGUCACGCCGGCACCAUUUGCCUUACCCGACGAGAGUGACGACCUGAAGACUGCCAUAUUUACGCAUCCGUUUGUGGACAAGACAAUGUCGUCUUUGGAUGAAGAUGUUACGGUUAGAUCCACCUAUGGACAAGUGCCACAACCUCAAGACCAGGGAACCGAAGUUGCUGUCGAAAUGAGUGGAGUAGCGAAUCCACAAUCUGGCCAGCCCAACAGACCUAAAACUCUGAAGAUUUCUGAUGCUGCACGGGCGAAAAAGGAUGGUACGAAGCCGAAGCCUGCACAUAAAUCUUCACAACCUCCAGCGCAGCAGCGACAACGCCAAGGAAAGUCUAAAUUGAAGCAGCAAGGAAGACAAGAGAGACAUCGAGGGAAGCAGAAGCGACGAGAAAAACAGAGGCGACGAAAAUCCAAGGCCAGAACUAGAGACAGAAAUGGGUCACCUUCCCAGCCGACAGGAUUGCUAUCCUCUCUUUGUCUGUGCCUUCCUUUCUCGGCACACAAAGAAGCCACACCGGUGCAGUCCUAG